CUCUCGGCGGCCCCACCCUCGGCCGCGUUCCCGGGCGCCCCCCGCGCUCCCAGCCGGGACCGAGCCGACCGCGAGCCGCAACCAUCCAGCCAUGGAGGCGCGCGCGCGGCGGCGCCCGCAGCUGAGGCUGCUGCUGCUGCUGCUGCUCUGCGGUGGGUGUCCCCGAGUGGGUGGCUGCAACGAGACACGCAUGUUGGAGAAGCUGCCCCGGUGUGGGAAGGCCUUUGCCGACAUGAUGCACAAGGUGGACGUCUGGAAGUGGUGCAACCUGUCGGAGUUCAUUGUGUACUACGAGAGCUUCACCAACUGCACGGAAGUGGAGACCAACGUGGUGGGCUGCUACUGGCCCAACCCCCUGGCGCAGGGCUUCAUCACCGGCGUCCACAGGCAGUUCUUCGCCAACUGCACGGUGGACAGGACGCACUGGGAGGACCCCCCGGAUGAGGUGCUCAUCCCGCUCAUCGCCGUGCCGGUCCUGCUGACCGUGGCCAUGGCCGGCCUGGUGGUGUGGCGCAGCAAGCGCCCAGAGCAGCUGCUGUGAGGCCCGGCGGGCGGGGCGCCGCGGAGGGAGGGCCAGGCCGGGGGUGGGGGGGGU